CUUGCGCUUGUUUUUGAAAUAUUGAAAAUAAUAAAAACAUUACCCCAAUAUGAUGUUUUUGUACAGAGAUUUUCAGAUGAAUAUUUGACGAUAAACUGAGAAUUUCGAAAUUCUCAUUGGUAGUAGUAAUAUAAACAAUGGUCAAUAUUUUCAUCCACAGUUACAGUGAAACAACAAUUACCUGCGAAUAAGUUUGUUUAUCUGUUUUGUACGGGUACACGUCAUUUGCGAAUGAUUGUCAAAAAUUUGGUGAUACCAGUGGUACAAAAAUGGUAAAAGGUGUUUUAAUAUUUUAUUAUUAUUAUCUGCUAGAAAACCUUUUUAUUCUAUUUUUUUUAACUUCAAAUGUAAUUAAUAUUUAAAUUAUAACUUUUUUAUAUUAACUUUUAACUGACUGGCGAGAAUACUACUAAAUGUAAUUUAUUAAUCAAUUUGAAGCAUUUUAAUUAUUAUCUAGUAAUUCGUGUAUUUUAAUCAUUUUACUUCACGGCACAUUUUGAGGUUAAUGUAUAGUUUAGGUCCCCCAACUAAGGAGGCCGCAAAUAUGAUUUCUUUUUAAAUCGUCUUAUUUUGACACGAAUAUUACAAAUCCGCCAGUACGGAAAGGAGUUUGACGCGAUUGAAUUAUGAACAUCCCGGUUUUGGACCGACCAGGCAACCGAAGGCCGCCAAUACAGAAAGGAGUUUGACGCGUUAUUUUUUUAAAGCGCGGACGAAAGCAGCCAGUGCGGCGCAAAAGAAAUGGUGACUGUUACAUUUCUUCAGUAUUAUUUUUCCCAUAAAAAUGUUUGACUCUCUGAACUGGUAAUUACAGCUAAGUGAUCUGAAUUCUGAAGAAUUUUGCCGCUACAACAAGAACAACAACUAAGUGACUUGAAAAAGUGCGGUAAAUAUAUUUGUAAAUAUAUACCUAAAUUUUUGAAAAAAUUCACUUUCCGCUCACAGAUUUAUAAAAUUCUCGUCAAAAUAAGAAGAUUUAAACAGAAAAUUUCAUUUUUGAGGCCUCCUUAGUUGGGGGACCUAAAAUAUACAUUUACCCAUUUUGAUUUUAAGUAUUAGCCCUUUAUAAAAAUUUAAAAGUAUUAAGUUAUGAAUUUAAACAAUUCCCUUAAUUAAAUUUUGUUUACGAUUUUCAUUGUAUGGCAAGGUUUAAUUUUGACAUAUAUGGGAAAAUUUUAGAAUUCUUUGCUUAUUAUUUGAUUGUGCCACGCAAAGACUUCCCAAUAGUGUUCAUAAAGUUGGAAAAUUUUACAUAUAUCUAUUUGGAACUAUAAAAAAUAAAUAAAAGCUAUAUAUCCCUUGGAUUUUUUUAACACCGAGUAGUGAGAGAGCUUGAAGAAGUUACACACUUCUCCAUCAAACAAAAUGGGUUCAAGCCAUAGUGUAGAGGUUCCGGGUGGUGGUACUGAGGGAUAUCAUGUACUGAAGGUACAGGAUAAUUCUCCAGGUCAAAAGGCUGGAUUAGAAGCUUUUUUCGAUUUUAUUGUAGCCAUAGCUGGAACACGCCUAGAUCAGGAUAACGACAUGCUAAAGGAAUUAUUGCGUCAAAAUGUUGACAAACCUGUAAGAUUAACGGUGUACUCAAGUAAAACACAAACAGUGCGCGAACUUACAUUAACUCCAAGUAAAAAUUGGGGCGGACAAGGUUUGUUAGGUGUCAGUAUACGUUUUUGUUCAUUUGAGGGCGCAAAUGAAAACGUAUGGCAUAUUCUCGAAGUACAUCCCAAUUCACCAGCUGAAAUUGCUGGAUUACGUGCAUAUUCGGAUUACGUUAUUGGUGCGGAUGCUAUACGACAUGAAAAUGACGAUUUGUUUACUUUGAUCGAAUCACAUGAGCAGCAACCUCUUAAAAUGUACGUCUACAAUAUUGAUGACGAUGCAUGUCGUGAGGUAACGAUUAAACCAAAUUCUAAUUGGGGAGGUGAGGGAGCGCUAGGUUGUGGCAUUGGUUACGGAUAUUUACAUCGUAUUCCAGUACAGGCAGUAGUCUCUGUCAUCAAAGCACCUACUACAAUUGAACCCGUAAACACACCAACAAAUAUGGCGACCACCAUACCACCGAUUUCAACAACCAUAACACCAGUUAUAGCACCUACGCUGCCUUAUGUUCCUCCUUUAACAAACACAUUUAAACAAUCACAAACUAAUGCGCCAACAGAUGUUACAAAAGCAAUUGAUGGGUCUGACAACAUUACAAUUUCCACAGCAACAACAACUUUGCAACAGCCAAGUGUUUUUCAAACAUAUUUCAAUCCAGAUGCGAUAGCUUCAGCAGCCAGUAGUGGUUUCGAUACAAUACAUACCACCACCACAACCGAUGCACAACAUACUAUUAACGAAGCUAACGCGUCCAAUAUCUCAUCUACUAUUGGCGCACAGUUCCCCGCUCCUGUUUCUGCUCCCAAUUCACAAGCGGCACAAUUCUACGUUUCUAAUGUUCCUCCACCAGCGAGCUUGUUUAUACCAGGAUCCAGUGAACAAACAGCGUCGGCUGCUGUUGCAGCACCGCAGUUGCCGUAUGCACAGGCCACAUUGUCACCAAAUGUACCAUACGUUUCCACUGCAACCGUACCAAUGUAUUCAAUGGCAACUCAACAACAACAACAAUAUAUGACUGCACCAAUGGCAUUAUCAUAUCCAGCGGGCCAAACAGUAGCCACUUAUCCACAAGUGCAACCAACAACAGGAUUUUAUCCCACACAGACGACACCUAUGCCGCCUCAAAUGUAUGCCCAGCAGUCCGCACCAGAAUCGAAUGCAACCGUUAACGGCACACCCCAGGCAGCAAGUGUUCCAACAACAAGCGUGACACACAUGCAAGCUAUACAACAAACAUUUGCUAAUUAGUUAAACACAAGGAACCUUAUGCAGAUAUAUUAACUUUUACCUUCUUUAAACUAAACUUUUUGUGUUUUAUAUAUGAAUAUAUAUGCUUUAUUCUUUCGCAUAUUGUUUAUAAAAGUCUACAACAUUUACAGUCGAUAUAUCAGAAUGAUUUAGUAAAAUUAUAUUAAAGACGAUUUAUUAAAUUUAUAUAUGUGUAAAUGGCAAUGUGCAAAAUAGAUUCGAAAUCUUGAAAAAUAUAUUGAUUGCUAAAUAGAAUGAUUAUGUAUGUAUCCAAACAAUAUGUAAUAGUGUAGUUUUAUUAGCAAAUCGAAGCUCUGAUGCGAUAGUUGAAUUUAUUUAAUUACAUACACCCGACGUUUGGGAAAGAAUUGUAUGAAGUAGCAACGAUUGCUCUGUUAAAAAUAACUACGGUUUGGUGUUGUGAUUCCACAACUAUCAUGGGAACCUAACCGCUGUAACAUUUCAUAAUCACCUUAGCAACCUGGAGUAAAUAAUUAUAAUAAAUUAAACGAUCAAACAAACAAGGGAAAAAUUCAAAUUGUUGAAAUUUACAAUAGAAAACGUGACAACGGAACUGAGAACGUGUUUACAUUAUGGCUAAUUUCGUUUUUCCCCAAGAAAUUUCCUAUUUUAUUGAGAGCAUACGUCCAUUUCAAUUGGUCGAUAUAGGUAGCUCAAAAUGGUUGGAUGUUCAUGAGAUGAUUAUAAAAUUAAGUCAACAAGCAAUUCUCGAAGCAAGCGAGCAACGUGAGGAAGAAGUGAAAGAGUUUCUAAUUUCACAUGACAAGUUGAAGAUACUCAUUCAUGAAGCCUAUAAUGUUUUCUUGUGGAAGACACGUGUAUUACCACACUUGAUUGAGAUCGAUCCCAAUCCUCAAGCGACUUUCCUAAUAUAUACGGUACUUUUCCACGAAGGCGCUGUAAUUUCCUUAUUGGAUACAGCCCUCUUUCAUGUGAGUGCAUGUGAAGCAUUGCAGGACGCAGCUAUUGAUUUAGUUGACUAUUGCGCACUGGCGGUGGCACAAGUGAUAGGUCUAGUCAGCAUGGGCUAUCAUGAAAACCAAUCGAAACUUGACGUUGACGAGGCCGUAUUGUCAGAAUUGGAGCGUCAGAAACGCGAUCUCAUUUAUAAGAUUGGCAUGCGUUGCAUAUCGAUUUUGUGCUACCUUGCAGAGCAUGUGGAUGCAAUACCUUUAAGCGCCGCGCGUCGCAUGGUAGUUACACAUGAUGUACCUUGGCUAAUGGCAGAUUUGCUACAGUUCCGACCAUGGCAAAGACGCACUGAUAAAGGCAUCCAGCGAUUUAUCAAUGAAAAAUGGAUUACGGUUGAGUGCGCCGAUAUAUCGAAGAUAUCCAAACAAGAGGCGCAGAGUUGGUUCUGCAUGAGGCAAUUACUAUUUAACACAUCCCUGAUGACAUCGUAUGAAUUAAACGAGGAACGCAGGAAGCAUCUUUCAAAGUGUCAGGGUCUCCUUCAAGAAACUCUAUUAGACCAAAUUCCACCAUUGGUUGAGCUAAAGCAGUACCUUUGCAAUUUAAGUGUUUCUGGAAAUCCUAGUGAAAACCAGAAACGUAAAACGAAUUUAGUACUUGAAGAAUUACCGGAAAUACGAGAGAAGCUUAUUGCUGAAGCAGAACGUAUCGGUGGAUUUCCCGUCGUGGCACAAAAGCAAGAAGAAAUAUUUCUGUGCACUGAUAAAGAUAAACUUUUUGAAAUAGCUAACCGUUUGAACACUGCUUAUAAUACAGACUUGCUGGCUGAGAUCGAAGAGAAAACUUCAGAUAUAGUACAAGCCAGUAGUAAUGUUGAUAAUGAAAGCGUAACCGAGAGAAAAUGUGGAAGGUGUGCCAGCAAUGCUAUGAAAAAAUGCGCCAAUUGUAAAAACAUUUACUACUGUUCAAAGAAAUGUCAACAGGAGGACUGGCCACAGCACAAAAGGAAUUGCAUUAAAGUGUAGACACAUCACUGCGCGUUUAACCAAAAUUCAUUUUUACUAAAUCGUAAUUCAUUAUGAUAACUCCGCUAUUUUUCACUUUGUUAUAUUUUUUAUUUAUAAAAGAACUUUUCUGCUCAAAUAAACACGAAGACUUUUGUAUUUCAUGUUCAUCUACUGUCACAAA